AUCUGCGUAAGUGUCAGGAGAGAGGAGCUCUGGUCCAGCCGGUGGUGUUCAGCUCCGUGGUUCUGCUCUCUGUUCUGCUGUACUUCACUGUGUCUCUGAUGGAUCCUGGCUUUGUUCUGUCCGACAGCGACACAAGGGGAACGUCAGUGGACAGUAAUGAAGAACUGGAAAAGAUGAUUCCUCAAGAUCACAGUUCUUUAAAGCAGCGACGCUGCGGCUACUGCUUUAAACUGCAACCGAUGAGGGCCAGGCACUGUAAAACGUGUAAGCGCUGUGUGAGGCGUUUUGACCAUCACUGUCCCUGGAUAGACAACUGUGUUGGUGAGAGGAAUCACAAGUGGUUCCUGCUGUACCUGUGUGUGCAGUUUGUUGCUGUAUCUUGGGGUUUACAGGCUUCAUGGUGAGUCUGAGCAGAACAUGCAUUUGCUGUAUUUUUA